CUUUGAAGCCAAAGCAGUGUUGUAGAUCCUCUGCUGAGCUCAAGGCAACUGCAGUCAUUUCCUAGCAUCGGAGCCCUGCAAGGGGAACGGAGGGUAUAGAAGUGGUCCCUUUGUUAAUCCAUCCAUUCAGCAGCAUUUAUCGAGCCUGGGUCAGUGCUGAGAGAGCAGCAAUGUCGUGGUCGUGCUCCUGGCCUGUGUGACACUCGUUGGAGCGAGGUUUAGGGUCAGUGAGAAGUUUGAGGGGCCCUAGUACAUACUUGACAGUGGUAGUGAUUUGCAUGCCUGUCGCCUGGGCCCAGACUUUCUCUGGCCCUUCUGCAGGGCACUGGUUGCUAUGGAGCAACAGUGAGGGCUGCUCUAGUACAGGAGGUAAACAGGCCGGAGUCAGAUGGGGUCAGAUCUCUUCUGGCCUGUUUGUGGUUAAUAGACAGCAACCUGGACAGAGUUAUAUUGAAAAAGCCCCUUUGGUUAAACUGAGAAGGAGGGACUGAUUGGAGUAAGGGCUGAGGAAGAGGCAGGUGGCAUGAGCCGUGGCCGUGGUGAUGGGUGCAGGCAGUGGAGAACAGGCCUGCAAAGGACUAGGGGUGCCGCAGCGGGGCUUAGUGAUAGAUGGGGUGCACUGGAAAGAAGGGAACAUGGUAAAGUGGCUAGAUUAGUGGUGCUGUCAACUAGGAUCAGAAACCCAGGAGAAGCAGCAGUCCUUGGGAGGUCUUGAGAACUCUGGAGGAUACCUUGAAGAGUAGUCCUGUACACAUAUAGGAAUUUAGGAUUAGAAACUAAGACAGAGAGGAACUUUGGCUAUUCUGACACCUUGCCCUAGUAGAGCUGACUGCUAUUUGGCCCUCGAGUGAGUGGAACCCAUGGCCAAAGUGGCCCUGAGGUGGUACCUAACUGCUGGGCCUGCCUGCCUGGGUUUGCAGAGGUCUCUAAUCUGGCAGAACCCUACCAGCCAGGUUGACCACAGACCUUGCCAGGAAAGGGAGUUGGGCAUUUUACUUUGAACCCAACUUGUAGGAGGCUCACUUGCCCUGGUUUGCGGGACAGUCAAAAGGUGGCUGCCACUCCCCACAUCCCUCUGUAGCUUCUCCAGGAGAUGAGCCCGGGCAAGACCAGGGGACCUGGGUGGAAAUGGGGUUUACUUGUGGCUGGGGCUGAGCGAGCAGGAGCCAGCAUUCCUCAACAGGGCCGUCAGAUGCCACAGCCUAGAAUGGGCAGCCAAGAGCAUAGCACAGAUGAUGCAGAGCUGACCCAGGUGCACAUCCGGAAAGACUCUCCCCUGAAAUCCAUAGCCACCUAGCUGCAGUUGCUGAUAUCCAGCCUGUGAGGAGCUAGCUGCUGGAGGGCAAGGCCAAGGUCUCAAGAUGACUUCUCAUUCCCCACUCUGUUCUCUGACUCCAGCUAUUUCCUGCCUCUUGACUUUUCUGCUGUCAGAGUCCCAGGGGCCACUGUUAUGGGCUAUCAGUCCUUACCCAAGCCCUGUUUCACUUGCCUCUCCGAGCCAGGCCCAGUUCUGCCUGUCUGCUCUGAAUACCUGCCCUCCUUACAUCUCUUCAGCUUGUCCACACUUUGCUCAGAGCAUGGAACCUGUUGUGGGACAUAAGAUUUGGGGCAUAUCUGCUGUCCCUUCUGUACCUGCACCUCCCUCCUCUGGGCCCUAAGCUCUUUGUCAGUCAGAUCCCUAGGUCCCUAAGGAGCUCAUGGCCACCUUAAUGUCAGCCUGGACCCUCACACUGUUUUUAUUUUAUUUAUUUGUUUAUUUAUUUAGGCUGGUUUGGGUCUUUGUUGCUGCACGCAGGCUUUCUCUAGUUGUGGCGAGCGGGGGCUACUCUUUCUUGUGGUGCACAGGCUUCUCAUUGCGGUGGCUGCUCUUGCUGCAGAGCAUGGGCUCUAGGUGCAUGGGCUUCAGUAGUUGUGGCACGUGGGCUCAGUAGUUGUGGGACGUGGGCUCAGUAGUUGUAGCUCGUGGGCUGUAGAGCUCAGGCUCAGUAGUUGUGGUGCACGGGCUUAGUUGCUCUGUGGCAUGUGGGAUAUUCCCGGACCAGGGCUUGAACCCAUGUCCCCUGCAUUGGCAGGCAGAUUCUUAACCAUUGUGCUACCAGAGAAGCCCCCUCACACUGUUUUUAAAAACUCAUCACCCAGGACUUCCCGGGCAGUCCAGUGGUUAAGACUCCACACUUUCCACUGCAGGGGGCAUGGGUUUGAUACCUGGUUGGGGAACUAAGAUCCCACAUGCCAUGUGGCACGACCAAAAAAAAUAGAAAAAUAAAAAAAACUCUCUCUAGUAUAUGUUUUUUUUGUUUUGGUUUGGUUUUUUAAAUUAAUUUAUGUAUUUAUGGCUGCGUUGGGUCUUCGUUGCUGUGAGCGGGCUUUCUGUAGUUGCAGUGAGCGGGGGCUACUCUUCAUUGUGGUGCGCGGGCUUCUUAUUGCGGUGGCUUCUCUUAUUGCGGAGCACGGGCUCUAGGCACGCAGGCUCAGUAGUUGUGGUGCACGGGCUUAGUUGCUCUGCAUGUGGGAUCUUCCCGGACCAGGGCUCGAACCCAUGUCCCCUGCAUUGACAGGCAGAUUCUUAACCACUGCACCACCUGGGAAGUCCCCCCUAGUACAUGUUUAUAUAGACCCCAUGGAAGUCCUCACACAUCUUGUAAUAAAACUUCCUUUAGGCCUAUAUUAUCUAUUUUUCAAGCCUGUCACGAUCUUCUUUGGUCUUGCUUUUUCUAUCUCGAGUAUUUGGUAUCCUCUUCAGCAUUGUAUUAACCUAACUUUUGAUAAACAUGUUUAUUUGUGUUUUCAUCAAGAUAUUGAUAAAAAUAUUGGAAGAGGACAAGGCUGGAUUUGAGCCCUUCAGCCUACAGCUUGUCCAGGUAGACACCAGCCAUUUAAGAAUCACUUCAUUAUGUUAAUUGAAUCUUGUGUUUUUCUGUCUUUUCCACAAGGAUACUACUGAGACCUUACUAAAAAAUGGAUAUGACCCGUCCUCUGCAUUUUCUAGAUCACGAAAUUUGAUGGAAAGUCAAUGAAAGUGAUAGACCACUUGGUGAAUCUUCUAAUGACCUUGUUUCCUUUUCACAAGCCAGCUUAUCAAUAUAAUGCACUUCAGAAUCUCACGCAGGAUCAGUGAGCCAAUCAUUGCUCUCUAACCUCAGAACAUUUCUCCCUUUAGAGAAGCAGAGUGAUGUUUCCUGCCUCUGGCCGCCCCGCUCCUUUUAUUUGCUCCGUUGUCCUCUAUCACAGCACUCACCCUAUGUGUCAUUGGUCAGUUGUCUGUGUAAUUAUUAGUUGCACACCAUCUCUCUUGCUGGAGUUUGCAGCACUUUUAGGGCCAGGCUUACAGCUGGCUCCCUAUUGUCUGUCAUAGGGCCUAGCUCCUGGGAGGUCUUAGCAAAUACUUGAUGGGAGAACAAAUGAACACUGAGUGAAUGGAGACUGGAGACUGACGUCUCACCCACAAGUGGUCCAUGAGCUUUCAGAGUAAUUUUUUUUUUGCCUGCAUUGCACAGCAUGUGGGAUCUUGGCUUUCCCACCAGGGAUCGAACCCACACCCCCUGCAGUGGAAGCGCGGAUUCUUUUUCUUUUUUUAAAUAAAUUUAUUUAUUUAUUUUUGGCUGCGUUGGGUCCUCGUUGCUGCGCGCGGGACCUCUCUAGCUGUGGCGAGCAGGGGCCACUCUUCGCUGCGGUGCAUGGGCCUCUCAUUGUGGUGGCCUCCCCCGUUGCAGAGCACGGGCUUUAGGGCGCCUGGGCUUAGUUGCUCCGCGGCACGUGGAAUCCUCCCAGACCAGGGCUCGAACCUGUGUCUCCUGAAUUGGCAGGCAGACUCUUAACCACUGUGCCACCAGGGAAGCCCUGAAGCUAAUUUUUAUACAGGCUCUUUAUACCCUCAGCCUCAGUGACCCCUGAGCUGUGUCUUUUUGGCUAAGGGUACUUCUUAGCAGCAGGUUUGAAUGUCCUAUUUGCAUCCUGGAUCUUUGCCUGGCCCUUCUCAGAUCUUCCCGUGGGCCAUCUCAGAUCUUGCCAUCACAAUGUCUUUGUGGAGGCUCCCAGAGACCUACAGGGAGCGGUGUUGCCCUUGUUCAGUGCAAUACGGGGUGGAGUAGCCUCUUUCCUCAUCCUCCUGGAAGCACCUCAAGGCCUUGUCCUUCCUGAGUGCCAUUGUGAGUAGAGGUAGGCAAGCCCGAGUAGGUCAUCCCCUGGGUAGAAAUGUGGCAGUUGUCUCGCCCUGUGGCGCAACUCUAGCCAACUUGUACAUAGACCUCACAGUUUAUGAAGCAGCUUUCAUAGAGAAUCUGUUUCUCCUUUCUUCUUGAGGUGUUGGGUAUAUUGUUACCCCCUUUUUUCAGAUGGGCUCAGGGAGGUUGGGUAGCUUGCCAAAGGUCACACUGCAGAUAAUUGAUGGAGACUGGACUCCACUUUCUUCCAGGGUUCUGUGGGCUUCUUCGCGAGCCUGGGAGUACAGCAGCAGUAGCCUGGCCACACUGAGAUUCAUGGGGGCAGCUCCCAUGCAGACCUGGUGGGUGGACACGGAAGGGCUUCCAGAUUCCAUCCUGCUAGUUCUGUGACUGCUGACUCUGCAUGUGGGGCUCAGGAGUGGCCUCAGGCAGGAAGGUCAUGGGUUUAUGAACUUCUUUCACUGAGGAGCAAAAUAGCCCAGUAAAGAAUGUAAACAGUCUCUUUGUGCCUUGGUUUUUUCAUAUGUAAACUAGUGUCAGAGGCAUUAUACACCUUCCAGGGUUGUUUUGAGGAUUAAAUGCUUCCUUGUAAGACAUGAUUCCAGUGCCCAGCACAGAGGAAGAACAUGGGAUGCUCACUUGGCUGCUGUCAGGAUUCUGGCCCCAGGUUUACUGGGAGACCUAUCAUCAGACCCUCACCUGUUCUUCAGUCUUGCUGGGUUUCACUUUCUUUUUGGGGUGGAGUUGAGGGAGCAGACAGAGACCUCCAAAUAGUCAGUGGUUUGAAAACCUCUCAGGCCGAAAGCUUAGGAGCUUCUAGAAGAUAUAAGAAUUUUAAAAAAUGGGAAGGCUAUGAGCCCUUGGGAGAGUGUCCUUGGGCCUUGAGUCAUUUCUCAAUCUGCAGAAUAUGAAUGCUCUGGUAGAUAUGCUGAGGCCCCUCUCCUGCUCAGGGCUGUUCCUAUAUUUAGGGUCCCUAUCCCCUCUACCCUCACUUCUGAUUUAGGACUAAGGUCCCUAGAAACAUAGCCUCUUCUCUUGGCAGGAGGGUUCAGAGGGUACACAGGCCAUUGUUAACUUGGGCUUUGUCAACUCGGAAUCUCUCGGGACUCUGGGCAAGUAUGGGCUGAAGAUGGGCAGCUGCUGCCCUCUCUGUCUCCACUGCUCUGUCAGCUUAGAGAUGAUGUUGGAGCAUCAGACUAGAAAUGAGUCCAGUCCCACUAGGUUCUGCUGGUCUUAUGACUGCUGGCAAAUCAUUUAACCUCUGAGGCUUACUUUCCACAUCUGUAAAAUGGGGAUAAGAAAGCCUGCUACCCAUAGUUGGUAUGAGGAUCAGAUGAGAUAAUGGAUGGAAAAGGUCCUGGCAUACACAGGAGGUCUCCCUAAAUACAUGUUGGAUCAAGAGAACAAUCAGGCCUAGAGAGGCCUCAGGGUAGAUCAUUUGGGUUUAGUCCUUCCUAGCAGGUUUUCCCUGAGAGGGUAGAAAUGCUGUGGACAAAUACCCAAAUAUCUGACUUCACUUCUGGCCAAGCGACUCAGCAAAGGGAAGGCCAGGGUGUAAACCUACCAGGCGGGACUUCCCUGGUAAUGCAGUGGUUAAGAAUCUGCUGGCCAAUGCAGGGGACAUGGGUUUGAGCCCUGAUCUGGGAAGAUCCCACGUGAUAGUUCAAUUAAGCCUGUGUGCCACAACUACUGAAGGCUGUGUGCCUAGAGCUCGCGCUCCACAACAAGAGAAGCCACCACUAUGAGAAGCCCACGCACUGCAACAAAGAGUAGCCCCCGCUCGUCGCAACUAGAGAAAGCCCACGCGCACAGCAACGAAGACCCGAAACAGCCAAAAAUAAAUAAAUAAAUAAAUUUAUUAAAAAUAUAAGUAAAAUAAAAAAUAAACCUACCAAGCCCUGGCUAGUGCUUGUCCUUCACCAUAGGGGAGGUGUGAUGACCAGCCCCUCCCCCAGCCAUUGUGACGGACCCUUGCGGGGCCCACAGGGGCAUGGGAAACCAGGUGGCCUGAUGACUGUUCCUUUCCCUCCACAGGUAUAGCCUUCACAGACCUCCCGGCCAACCUCUACCCCACCGUAGGCCUGCAGACACCUGGGGAGAUUGUGGACGCCAACUUUGGGCAGCAACCCUUCCUGUUUGACAUUGAGGACUACAUGCGGGAGUGGCGUGCCAAGGUCCAGGGUACUGUCCACUGCUUCCCCAUCAGUGCCCGGCUUGGCGAGUGGCAGGCGGUGCUGCAGAACAUGGUCUCAUCUUACCUGGUGCAUCAUGGGUAUUGUGCCACGGCCACAGCUUUUGCCCGAAUGACUGAAACCCCGAUUCAGGAAGAACAAGCGUCCAUAAAGAACAGACAAAAGAUCCAGAAGCUGGUGCUGGAGGGCCGUGUGGGUGAGGCCAUUGAGACCACACAGCGCUUCUACCCAGGGCUGCUGGAGCACAACCCCAACCUGCUCUUCAUGCUCAAGUGCCGACAGUUUGUGGAGAUGGUGAAUGGGACUGACAGUGAGGUCCGCAGCUUGAGCUCCCGAAGCCCCAAGUCCCAGGACAGCUACCCUGGCUCCCCAAGCCUCAGCCCCCGACACGGCCCCACUAGUUCCCACAUGCACAACACAGGAGCAGAUAGUCCCAGCUGCAGCAAUGGUGUCGCUUCCACCAAGAGCAAACAGAACCACAGUAAAUACCCUCCGCCCAGCUCCUCCUCUUCCUCGUCGUCGUCCUCGUCCUCCUCAUCUCCAUCCUCAGUCAAUUACUCCGAGUCCAACUCAACAGAUUCCACCAAGUCCCAGCCCCACAGCAGUACCAGUAACCAGGAGACCAGCGACAGUGAGAUGGAGAUGGAGGCGGAACAUUACCCCAAUGGUGUGCUGGAGAGCAUGUCCACACGCAUUGUCAAUGGUGCCUACAAGCAUGAAGACCUGCAGACGGAUGAGUCCAGCAUGGAUGAUGGGCAUCCUCGGCGGCAGCUCUGCGGGGGCAAUCAGGCGGCCACAGAAAGGAUUAUCCUGUUUGGCCGUGAGUUGCAGGCACUGAGUGAGCAGCUGGGCCGGGAAUACGGCAAGAAUUUGGCCCACACAGAGAUGCUGCAGGAUGCCUUUAGCCUGCUUGCGUACUCAGACCCCUGGAGCUGCCCAGUUGGCCAGCAGCUUGACCCCAUCCAGAGGGAGCCUGUAUGCGCUGCCCUCAACAGCGCCAUUUUAGAGUCUCAGAACCUGCCAAAGCAGCCCCCUCUGAUGCUCGCCUUGGGCCAGGCAUCUGAAUGUCUACGGCUCAUGGCCCGAGCGGGCCUGGGAUCUUGCUCCUUUGCCAGAGUCGACGACUACUUGCACUAGCUGACCACACUGUCUGGCCCCACCUGGCCCUCCCUCGGCCCCAGGGCUGGAGCAGCCCUGCCCUCCAUCGGCACCUGGUGCAGGGACCUGGAAGCCAUGGGCAGAGUCCACUCCUCCUGCCUGGCCUCCCCCGUUCCUCUCCUUCCUUCCCUUCCUUCCUUUCUUUUUCUCCCACCCUCAGUCUCUCUCUCUCCCCCCUUCAUGUGCAGCGGCCUAUGACACAGUAUUGUCUGGUUACUUCUAUUUUGAAAGAAGGGGUUUGUUUUGAGGAGAGGUUGGGGUUUUUUAAUCUUCCCCCCCACCCCCGACUGAGCCACCAGUAUUUAUCUCUGGAGAGUUUGUGCUGAGCUGGUUUCUGCUAAUUUAGUGGUGAAGCCUCUCCAAGUUGGUGAUAGCUUAUUAUUUUCAUAAGUAAAAAAAAAUGAGAUUAUAUAUAUAUAUAAAUAUAUAUAUUAAAAAAAGACACAGUAUUUAUCGUAGUGUUAGUGGUCCAGCACCUCUUGGGUGAAGCUGUCCAGACACCAUACGUUUUUGAGUCCAACUCAUUUAAAAAGAAUCAUCUCUGUCACCUCAGCCAAGUGAUUCGUUUAUUUCAGGCUUCCCCUUUGUUGAGCCACAGGCCCAGCUGCAGCCUAGGGAAGCCCAGUAGGCUUUGGGGGCCACAUAGUGGGCAGGUCAGGCUAAGCUGGUUUGCAGCAUCUGAGAGGUGUGGGUCCCUAGGCCCCUGAGAGCUGAACUGAGCAGAGAACUGCAGGGCCCAGGUCCAAAGAAGAGAUGAAUUGGCCCAGGGCUACACAGCAGAGCAAGGGAGUUAGAGGGUCCUUGGCUAGCACGCUAUCUACCGUUCUACCCUGCCUCUCACUGCCUGCCUUGCCUCUCUCUCUCUUCCCUUUUCAACAUCCUGCCUGCCUUUGUUGUUAAGAUGGCCAAAUAAUUCAUUUACUCUAAAUUGAUUGCCUGAGAGCUGCUGAGUGUCAGGCUGCGGGGAGGAAGUCUCCAUACCCAGGACAGAGGCCCUUGAGUACAGGGGCUGCCUUUUUCCUGCCUGGAUCUUCACCGUCUCUGCACAGCUCUGAUGGAAUUGAUGCUUUCUGUUGGAAAGCCAAGCCUUGUGGAGACAGAUUUUUGGGCUGCCAGUCGCUGGAUUGGAUGGAACCCUUGACCCCCUAGGCCAGGCCUCACUGUAGCUGUGCCAGGCAGCUCCUUUGCAGUUUGGCCCCGGCCACUCUUAGGAAAGACUGUUAAGAAUAUUUGCUUGCCAGAGGAAAGGACCUCAUGGGCUUUACAAACGUCCCACCGUCCAUGUCAGACGGAUCCUCACAGCUCGUGGGUCAGAAACAGUCCCGGUACUGCCAUCAGGGAAUCAGGAGAGGAAGGGUUACGAUGCUGCCAGGACUUAGGCCGGCCAUCUGUGGAGAGGACAGACUGCCCAGGAGGAAGAAAGGGAAGAGGCCUCCCAGAGGAGCACCAGGAUGGGCUGGGAUUUCCCCAUCGGCCUCACAGUGGGAGGGAGUACCCAAGCAGCCCCUGCAAAGGGGCAAGGUCAGAAGUCGAGCUUCCAGUCCCUGCCUGGAUCUGGGCUGGCCAAGCUUCUGCUUUCCAUCAGUGGAUUCAGGAAUGGUUGGUGUGGCCUGAGAUAUUCAGUGCCCACCAGGACUCGCUGGGCCUACAGCUGGACAACAAGAGAAAUGAUUGAGUUGGACUAACUGCUGGUGAUGGGCCCAGUGGCCCUGUGCUCUCCCAGAAUUCUGCCCUGGGACAUGAUCCUGUAGGCUGCUGCUUUUUUCUUGGUCCCUACUAGGGCCCCAGCUGGCAUCCCAGAGACUGCAACACAUCAGGGGAGUGUUGUCCUGUCUGUAAAGGAAAUUCAUCCUGUGCAAACUUGGGGAUGCCUAGCUUCCAAACCAAGAAGUUGGAAACAUCAGGCUCUUAAAAUGGUCAGAAGCAAGCAGGAUUGGGAAUUAAAACCAGAGGCUUUUGCAACUGGAACGAAGUUCAGAGAACAUCUACUCCAACAGUCCUCUCCUUUUAUAGAUAAGGAAACAGGCCCAGGAGAUUAAGUGACUUGGCCAAAGUCACACAAGAAAUUAGGGCAGAACUGGGACUAACCUCAUUCCUGAGGAUUGGACAACACUGUUUAGUCCUAAAGCUGAAUGGCGGGUGAGGGGUUAGGCUGGCGAGGCCUCCAGCAGUGUCUGCGCAGCUGGUACCUUCAGGGGUGUGUCAGGGAUGGGGAUGGGUGCCUGGGCUUGGGUUGUAGAGCAGCUGAGCAGCCCAGGAGGGCUCAGGACAGCUGUGUGCUGCUUGGGGUUGGGUGUCCGCCUGCCUCAUACUCAGUACCCAUGGCCACCUCCCCAUUUUCUGUGCCUUAUCUCACUGUUUCAGCUGAGUCCAAGUUGUUUACUCUGUUCCUCUCCAGAGGGGCUUUCUGUCCCAGUUGGACAGCAUACCUUUGGGACAUAAGCCUUUGCCCCACAAGCCGUGGAGAGGUCCAAACUCAAGCUGCUUGAGCCCACUGUCUUGCUGACAGUCCAGGCCUGCCUGCCAGCCCGAGGAGCCCCUUAUGCACACCCAGUCCUGCCAGCCUGCUUCCGGGAGCCGAGAGUGGGGAAGGCACCUGGGAGGAGUCCCGGUGAAGAGCUGAACUUGAACCAAGGAGGCAGGAAGAAGACCUGGCUCUGUUGGGUUGUUCAGCCCUCGGGGAGCAGCCUUCCCUACUUACCUUUUCCUCUUGCUUCACCAAAUGGUCGCUCCUUCCAGAGCAGAAACUGGCGGACAUGCAAAGAAAGCCAGAACCCCUAUUCCUCACCUACAUGGGUCUGUGGCUGGGUGUCGGCCGGCAGAACAGGGACACCAAGAGAUGGAGAAGCGGGGACUGCCCAGCCUCCCAGCACCUUCCUACCCCUUAAGCAAGCACAAAGAAGAUGAGGCAGAGACCUGUCAGAGCUGAAAGUUCCUUUGGUCGCUCACAACUCAGGUAUGCACACUGUGUGGCAGCUGGGCAGGAGAGCCCUACUUGACCACCAGCCCCGUGCACACGGACCUGUGGCCAGAUUGUGGACUCUGGCUGCCUCAGGCGCCGCCUCUUUGCAUUGGGUUUUCCUCCAUUAGUAACUACAGCUGACACAGACGUCCUCCACAUCGUGCACACUGGUUCUGCCUUUGUCCUCGCAAGUUGAUACUUGGCAUUAGCAUGAAACUUGUGGGUGUGGGAGGGUUUAGAGAGAAUUCUAACACAAAACAUCCUAUUAAAUUGUACUUGAGAGAUGAAAAAACUCCUGUUGUAUUUUGACAGAAUUAUUUUUAUUAAAAUACACAUCCAUGAGUA